AGUCAGAGUCGGAUUUAUCGUCUGGGUCUGGGUCUGGAAAAGAUCUUGGAUCUUGGUCUCGGCUUUCGGUUUCGUUUGUGUGUCUUGAAUUCGGUUUCUGUUUCGGUUUCAGUUUCAAUCUCGAAUUCAGUUUGCUGCCGCGUUCGCACGGAUCGAGUCGUGUGCACGGUUAAAGUCACUCAACAAAAAAAAAUAUAUAUAUUAGAAAACAUAUACCAACGCAUUUUGUGGCCAAGAUAGGCUCCUCGCUCUUAUAUUCGGGUCAAUGCUGUGCUCUGCAUUGCCAACGUUAUGCUAAUUACCGAAAGGAUUCAAAUCAUAGCAUACAUCAUCGGUUACAAUCUCUUUGGCAAGACUUCGUCGCACCGCUGGUGAAAAAUUCCGCGCCCGGUGACCAACCCGCCAAAUAAGCGCUAGAAAUAAAAAGAUACACAGCCAGGAGAAUAGCUAGCAACAUAUAUGAAUAUAUAUUACGAAUAUAUUUAUUAAAUAUAUCAAACAACAAAUUCGCAAAACGUGCCAAAUAUAAUUUAAAUCUAUUUAUUUUGUUUAACAAAGAGCUAAUAAGACUAAAAUAUAUAAAUUAGUAAGUCGUUUAAUUUAAUUCCUCUACAAAAGGAAGUUGACGCAGGAGCAGCCGUUGGCUUCAUCAUGACGAAGCCAAAACUGCUGAUUAGUUUAAUUUUAUGGUGCCUUUGUGCUCCCAGUCUGACACUCCGUAUCCCCGAGGACCUCGAGAACGCCGCCAUCAAUGCCCUGAGCUCCGAACGUGCCCGGUCCCUGACCCCUUGUGGAUCCUCGGCGGAGGCGGAGGGCAGCGUGGCCGGCGACUAUGACGUUUGCCCGCCGAGCAAGUACCGCCAGCCGACCGCUGAGUGCAACAACGUGUCCCACCGGAAGUGGGGAGCACGGGGAGACAUCUUCCAGCGUCUGCUGGCUGCUGAUUACGCCGAUGGUGUGAGCCAGCCGAGGACCUCUAAGGGCACCCAUGCUCUACCCGACGCCGAGCUGGUGAUCGAGCAACUGCAGCGCCAUGUGGAAGGCGAGCUGCGCCACGCCCACAUCACUGCCAUGCUGCCCGCCUGGGGCCAACUGUUGGCCAAUGACCUGGUCGAGGUAGGACAGCUGCCCAUCUCCGGAAAGUGCUGCGAGCGCGACUCCGCCGUCAAGGAUCCCAGCGAGCUGCAGCAGUGCUUCGUUCGGGCAGGACCCGACUGCAAGGAGUACAAGCGAUCGGCACCAGGAUUCGACUCGGAGGCGUGUCAGAAGCACACUCGCCAGCAGAUGAACAUUGCCUCGGCCUACAUUGAUGGCUCUGGACUGUAUGGCUCCACUCGCCACGAAUUCGACCAGUUGCGCACCUACAUCAGUGGCGGAGUGAAGGUGGAGUCCUGCAAGUACUGCCAGGUGGCUGGAGCCACCGGAGCACUGCAUCGUGCUCUGCUGCAGCAGCACAACAACAUCGGCGAGCGGCUGUCGCACAUCAAUCCCGAUUGGUCCGAGGAGGAUGUGUUCCUGGAGGCCAGACGUAUCAUCACGGCCACCAUUCAGCACAUCACCUACAACGAGUUCUUGCCUUUGGUCCUGGGCCAGGAAACCACUGCCAAGGAGGGUCUGAGACUGACUGCCGAGAAGCACUCGAGCAACUACUCCAGCUCGGUGAGGGGGGGAAUCUACAAUGAGUUCGCCACCGCCGCCAUGCCCGCUUUCUGGAGCAUGUAUCCCCCAGAGAUGCUGGCCAAGAAGAUGUCCGCCCACGAGCUGCUGUCCAUUGCCGCCCUGCAGAAGUCACUGGUUCCCAGUCAAACGAAUGCCGAGGGUUGGUCCGAGUUGGCUCUCGCCGUUCAUCGCGGUCGUGACCACGGAGUGGCAUCCUAUGUACAUGCCCUUGAUCUCUGCGAGCGUCGAUUCGCCGACCAGAGUGCUGCCAAUGUGAGCUUCGAUACCUUAGCCCAGGUUUCCAACAUUCCCGAGGAGUACAUCACCAAUCUGCGUGACAUUUACCAAAACGCAAAGGACAUUGAUUUGUUGGUGGGUGCCCUUCUGGAGGAGCCCGUGGUUGGAGCUCUCUUUGGACCCACAAUCAGCUGCUUGCUGACCUUGCAGUUUGAGCAGCUGAAGCAGACCGAUCGAUUCUGGUACGAAAACGAGAUCCCGCCCUCGUCCUUCACUCUGGACCAGCUGAAGAGCAUUCGCCAGACGACUCUGUCCGGUUUGCUGUGUGGCUCCCAUCAAGUGAGCACCGCCCAGUCCAAGGCUUUCAUUCUGGAGGACAACUACCUGAAUUCCAUUUUGGACUGCGACCAGCUGCCCAAGUUUGAUCUGAAGCCCUGGCAAGUAAACCCUGAGGAUGAGGUGCACGUGGACCACGUUGAGGUGGAACCAGCGACCAAGGAAGCAAUCGCCGAGCUGAGUCCCGAACUGAUCGAGGCUGCUGUGGAGCGUGCCAAGCAAGAAUUGGAGGAACGCAAGCGCUUCGAGUACGAAGUGUGGCGCACUAAGGGUGGCAUCAGUGCCCGAUCCCCCGACGGUACGGCUGCCUCCUUCAGCAAGGCCAACUUGGCUGCCCUGAACCUGGCCAACUCCUCCCUGAUCUUCGAGCUGACCUCCAACGAGAUUGUGAAGACCCUCAACCACAUAACCAGACGCAAGCGUCAGAUCUUCAACCCCAACCAGAAUGCUUUCAAUCGUAACGAGCUGACCGAUACCCUGCAAACGGUGGACAUUAGUGGACUACUUGGUGGUGCGCAGAACUCACUGGAUACAUGCCCGGAGCCCAGUCAGCAGUGCGAUGCGAACUCGCCCUUCCGUACUCUGUCCGGAAGGUGCAACAAUCUGCGUAAUCCCAACUGGGGCAAGUCACUGACCACCUUCUCCCGCCUGCUGCCCGCUCAGUAUGAGGACGGCAUCUCGGCACCCAGGGUGACUGGUGUGACCGGCACCGCAUUGCCCAAUCCCAGAACCAUUUCCACCACAAUCCAUCCUGAUAUUUCCAACCUGCACACUCGCUACUCCCUGAUGGUUAUGCAGUUCGCCCAGUUUGUCGACCACGACUUGACUUUGACCCCGAUCCACAAGGGUUUCCACGAGUCCAUCCCCAGUUGCCGACCCUGCAACUCCCGCCAGACGGUGCAUCCCGAGUGUAAUCCCUUCCCGGUGCCCGCUGGCGAUUUCUACUAUCCCGAAGUGAAUGUGACCAGUGGCGAGCGUUUCUGCUUCCCCUCGAUGAGAUCGCUGCCUGGACAGCAAUCGCUGGGACCUCGCGAUCAGAUCAACCAGAACACUCACUUCCUGGACGGCUCCAUGGUGUACGGAGAGACCACUUGUCUGUCAAACAAGCUCCGUGGAUUCUCCGGACGCAUGAACAGCACCCAAGUAAGGGGCAAGGAACUCCUGCCGCUGGGACCCCACCCCGAGUGCAAGUCCCGCAACGGUCUGUGCUUCCUUGGCGGCGAUGAUCGUGCAUCCGAGCAGCCAGGUCUGACUUCCAUUCACACCGCCUUCCUGCGUGAACACAACCGCAUUGUUGAGGGUCUGCGCGGAGUGAAUCCUCACUGGAAUGGAGAACAGCUCUUCCAUCAUGCCCGUAAAAUUGUCAGUGCCCAGGUGCAACAUAUCGUGUUCAACGAGUUCCUGCCCCGCAUUCUCAGCUGGAAUGCCGUCAAUCUGUAUGGUCUCAAGCUUCUGCCCCAGGGAUACUACAAGGACUACAACCCAUCGUGCUCUCCGAUUGUUUUCAACGAGUUUGCCGCUGCUGCCUUCCGUAUUGGUCACUCCCUGCUGCGUCCCCAUAUUCCCCGUCUGAGUGUCCAGCACCAGCCUGUGGAGCCCCCACUACUGCUCCGCGAUGGUUUCUUCCGCAUGGAUGCCCUGCUUCAGCCUGGAAUCAUUGACGAAAUCCUGCGUGGUCUGGUGGCCACUCCAAUGGAGACCCUGGAUCAGUUCAUCACCGGCGAGGUGACCAACCAUUUGUUCGAGGACCGCAAGAUUCCUUUCUCUGGCAUUGAUCUGAUCGCCCUGAAUAUUCAGAGAGCUCGUGAUCAUGGAAUCCCCUCGUACAACAACUACCGAGCCCUUUGCAAUCUGAAACGCGCCACCAACUGGAACGACUUGAGCCGCGAGAUUCCCACCGAGGUCAUCAACCGAUUCCAGAAGGUCUACGCCAGCGUAGAUGACAUUGACCUGUUCCCUGGUGCCAUGACUGAACGUCCCCUGCAGGGCGGUCUGGUUGGACCCACCUUGGCCUGCAUCAUUGGCAUCCAGUUCAGGCAGCUGCGCAAGUGCGAUCGCUUCUGGUACGAGAACCAGAACCCAGAGGUCAAGUUCACGGAGGCUCAGCUGGCUGAGAUCCGUAAGGUGACGCUGGCCAAGAUCGUUUGCGAGAACCUGGAGAUCAGCGGAGAUAUGAAGCGUGCAGCCUUCGAUUUGCCUAGCAACUUCCUGAACCCACGUGUGCCCUGCUCCUCGAUGCCCCAGAUCGACCUGAACGCCUGGCGCGAAAAUGUCCAGGGAUGUCAGAUUGGCAACCGCAAUGUCCGUGUUGGUGAAUCCGCCUUCCCAUCACCCUGCACCAGUUGUGUCUGCUCCGCCGAGGGAGCUCAGUGCGCCUCUCUGCGCAUCACGGAUUGCGGCCAGUUGAUUCGGCAGUGGCCCAAGGAGGCCAUUCUGCGUGAUGAGGUGUGCAACUCGCAGUGCGGCAUCUAUUUGACCGGUCAGCAGGCCAGUGGCUUCAAUGCCCAACAGCGACAGGGUCAGGCUCAGCCACGUGUGACCCGAUCCCGCAACCAGAAUCUCUUCAAGUUCCCCGACCUAACGCCCUUCAUUGCUUCCCUGUAAGAUGGAGCGACUGAAUCGUCAACUUUGGGUGCGGAGUAAGCACAAGCUACCAAUAUUGAAACGCAUUUUGUAAAUAAAUCUUGCGUUUGUACAUAUGUUUCUUUGUUGAUUGCUUGCCUGAAGACUUGUUCAAUGCAACAAACAAACAUGACUUAAACUAAACGCUCGGCCCCAUCAUCAGACACUUGCAAUUCGCAGUGUCCUAGCUAUAUCCUAAUUAAAAUUACAGCAUAACUAUUAACAAAUUACAAUAAACGCCUUAUGUGAGUAAAAUAAUA